AUGUCUGCAGACACCAAAGUAGAAAAGUUAUCGUUUAAGGACGUGUGGGAGGACGUGGUGCACAUGAAAUCUACUAAACAGUUUUGUAAGUAUUUGAUGGAAAACCCAGAUUUGGAAAAGCCAAAAUAUCUCGCGGACGUCGGGUAUUUUAACAACAAUCCGAAUACUAGGAAAAAAGAUUGCGAUCGAAAAUCUUCACACAAAAAUAUAAAAAAGUCGUAUAUUCCUCGUUUCUAG